UCGCCGCAGUCGCGCCGCACGAUUGUCGAUUGUCGCCAUUGUGACGAACAGCGGACACACAGCGCCCGUACGGAUUCGCGAUAUAUUGAUAAUAUUCAUUAAUCGAUUUACACUCGAUUUGUCGAACGACAAUGUACCGGUAGGUAAUUUUUUGGAACAGUGCUAUCGUGUAUUGUGACGGACGGUGGUUCGAUUUAAGAGGUUGAAAACAUAAUCGUGGAUCUAGAAUUACAUCAACGUGCCAGCGGUCACUUUAUGAGUGCCGCUGGUGCCAUGUGCGAGCGGUCCAGCUACGGCAGCGCAAUGGGUCACUUCCCCAUGAGCCACAUGUCGGCCAUGGGCAUCGGUACCAUGGGCGCCAUCUCGGCCAUGAACGGCCAAAGCCAGAAGAAAUCCCCAGAGGAGCACAUCAAACGACCCAUGAAUGCCUUCAUGGUGUGGUCCAGACUGCAGAGGAGAAAAAUAGCGCAGGAUAACCCCAAAAUGCACAAUUCAGAAAUAUCUAAGAGAUUAGGUGCAGAGUGGAAGCUCCUGACGGAAGACGAAAAGCGUCCGUUCAUCGACGAGGCGAAGAGGCUCCGGGCGAUGCACAUGAAAGAGCACCCGGACUACAAGUACCGGCCGCGGCGGAAACCCAAGACCCUGAGGAAGGAGGGGUACCCUUACUCCAUACCUUACCCCAGCGUACCCAUGGACGCACUGAGAGCUGGUAUGGCGGGAGGCAGUAUGACGCAGGCGAUGGGCGGCUACUACGGGGCCGCGUAUGGGCCGCUGGGGGCCAGCAUGGCAGCGGCCGCGGCGGCUGCGGCCCAGCAGAACGCCAUUUCUGCAGCACUGACACCAAACCCACAGGUGGCUUCUUCCAUGGACGUCUCAAAAUACUCAAUCGAGGACAAAUACAGAAGUUACGGCAUGUACCCCGACCCGUCGCGGAGCUACCUGGACUCGGCGGCGCUGUCCAAGGCCUACAUGUACAUGGACCAGCAGCAGCAGAGGCCGUAUCCGAUGGACAUCAGCAAGAUGUACUCCGAAGCGUCGGCAGCUGCUAUGGCGGGGUUAAGCAGCGCAGUAAACUCUGCAGCCAGCCUAUCCCCGAGAUCGCCCGCAGAAUCGCCCGACACGCAGAAGCACCAGGAGCGUGUCGAGGGCAGCUCGUCAUCAGGGUCCAACCCCUCGCCGUCGCUGCCGUACUACCAGUCGUCGUCGAGUCUCCUCAUGCCGCAGUACCCGGCCCAGUAUCCGCAGAAUACCCAAGGUGGGCCGGAGUUCAGGCGGCCCCUGACAGUCAUAUUUUGACCUGACGCGUACUAAGAUGACUCAUCCCCGUUUCAUUUGACGAAUACAUGCUUCAGUGAGGGUCAAUUUUAUUAUCAAAAUAUAUCUCCAAUUUGUUGGUCCGAGCAAAUACGUAUUAACCCCUAUAUUGAUGCCAUUCGUGUAGAAUAGUGUUCAAUAUACAAAAUCUAGUCCUAAUUUCAUGAAUGUUUUCUACGGCAAAACUUUUAGUUUUUUGUAGAAAUCAUAGUUAAAUCUUGGGCAAAUAAAAUACGUCCUUGCAGAGAUAAUUUUGAAUGAAGACGUCGCUUGAUUACUAUCAACCGAUGACUUCGAUAUUUGACUAAAAUUUUAUUUGGAUGAUCACUAUUUGGACCAAGUAUGAAAUGUUUUAAUUUAAUCUUAAAUUGCUAGUUACGUGAUAUGCGUAACUUGUGAUUAUGUAAAGUUCCUCUUUAUUUUUCCAUUGUAGAUUUAUAGUCAAAACUCAUAAUUGUUAUUCUUACAUUCCAAUUUGUGUAUCUAUAAAUUAAUGUAAAUAUUAUAUUAGAUUAAUUAUUAUCUAGAUGUUGAGUUACUAGGAAAAGAGAAG